AGCCGAAAUCAAAGCCGUGCUGUCCUAUAUGCAGGAUCACCGAAACGUCGAGAAACCAACAGCGAAAAUUUACUAUAGUAAGUUGCUUGCAGUGACAAAAAUUGAAGCAACGUGGAACAUCUUAAAAUGUAAGAUUCGCUAUUUAAAAAGCCAAAUGAAAUCGGCAGAACACUGGCUAAAUUCCACGGGCGCUGGAGUAGAGGAUGGCGAUGUGGAGCUGACUGUGAUGGAUAAAGUGCUUAAAAGUUGUCCGCAUUACAGACAAUUAGCAGACAUUUUUGCUACGGAGAGGGAAGCUGAGGUGGUGGUAAUGAGCUCCUCUGCAAUGAAACUCGACUCUGUGGAAAAUGUUGUGGAUAAUUUGGAAGACCCCGAAGCGCAGGAAGAACUUGAAAUUUCUGAAUUGGCAUCUACUUAUCUGCGGCCAGCCCGUUUGCCAAAAAAAUUAAGGCCAAACACCAAAACACUGCCAUUGAUAAACUGGCUACAUUAGAAGCUGAACGAAUGAGCUUUUGAG